ACUCAUUCAAUUGUUUAUAUUACUGUAUCCUCGCGCUAUAACCUGCAGGUUCAAAUUGAUUUUGCAAAUGUCGCUUGUGUUUGUGGGACUGUAUCCAACUCGCGUACAAAAAGAAUGAUUAAAAAUAUGAAUGUGACUGUUACGUGUCCAGUUCGUAUUCAAUGACGAAAAAGAUAAAAAACUACAAGUGCAAACCUUAUCAGAUACCUAUAGUUCUUGUGGCAGGACGGACUCUUGAUUUCUUUCAUUUCGCUGAUUAACAGCAGUUUCCAUGAAUAGGCCGCGUCGUCAAAACAUCGCGUUAAUCAUUGUAUUUACUUUGAGUUUCGACUUUCAGCCCGCCGCUCCAAAUGUAGAAAUCAAUCCAGUGCAAUUUUCGGAUGAGUUUGUAGAUUUUCUACAAAAUAUGGGAUCGCGCGUUUAUAAAUACCGGCAAAAAUUCAACGAACCCAGCACGACGGAAAGAGAUUGCAUGUUUCCAAGAGUGGAUUCAGUCCUUACGAAGUCAACCGUUCGUAAGACACAAAAUAACCUGAACGGCAUCUUGAUGAUGAAGCUUGUAGCUUUCUACGAGAACAAAUACACCCUCAACCCCUUCAUCGGCACGACGACGGUCGAGGUUUCGACUAGCCGAGCCGUCCCAACUCACCACGGCGUCGUCGAACUCCGUGCUAUGAAAACGAGCCAAGAAAAUGGUCCAGAACAAUUUUCUGAAAUUCAAGAGAUAAUAGUAAUAUGAUUUUAUAACUAUUUUUUAUAAUUUGAUAAAUAUAUUUGUAAAUUUGAAAAAAAAAAAGAUUUAUUGAUGUAAUUAGCGAGGUAAAGUCUAAAAAUAAACCAGCCUCCAAGUUUGACAAGUUAACCAAAUGGCGCUGCGUACUGCGCCAGUUUCGUCGUCACUGAAUUGUCAAACGCCAACUUUUGAAAACCAGAGGCUAGAACGUCGUUUACGUUUAAAGAUAACGUUAGAUUGAAGCGUGCAAAAGAGAUGUCAUCACAAUAUGAACCAUGUCAUGUGCGAAAGAGGUAGACUACUUAUAAAAAGAUGUGACCACUUUGGAGCUUCAUAGCUGUCUCUAGCGGCUGGCUUGAAUGAAAAUACAAAAAGCAGCAUUUAUAGUGGCACAUAAUAUUUUAGAAAUAUCACUGAACACUGAACAGUCAACACAUGAUGCAAAUAUUCAUACAACCAUCUCCUUCUAAUCUGUCGCAUAAACGCGUCCUUAACGUUUGUUUUUGGUGUUUAACGUUUGGCGUUGAUAUAAUAUAAUAACAAACUAUACCAUUUUCAAUACUUGGUCUAACAAUGUCUCUGAAAAGUAAAAUUGAUGGGUGUUUUGUAAUAAUUUGUUAGACUGAGUAGUGUGAGUAGUGAAAACUAUAGUAUGUUAGUUAUAUAUUUGGAAUGGCAUGGUAUAUUUGCAGUAAAAAAUAGUAUUUUAGAAACAGAAAAGUAUACUGUUAUGUAUUUCUCUUAUUUUUUGAUAUAUCUGGGUAAAUUAUUAUUGAACGUUAUAUAGUAGAUUGUUAACCAAAGGUGGAAAGUGAACCAUAUCACCUGAGAUAUUUUGGCGCUCGAAUGAAUUCGAGGGUGAGAUGGUUACUUUUACCCGAGUUAAACAUAAACACUCUGCUUUUCAUUUCGACAACGAGGAAAGUCAAACACACGAAAUGUAGGUCAUGAUCAUGUCUGGAAUUGGCGCCAUUUAUAUUUUGAUCGGGAAAAAAAAUUUAAACCAUACACAAUCCGAUCUUUAAUUGGGAUGUGUCUGAAACGGCCUUAAUGUAUACGCGCCUUAAAAAAAGUGAAACUGAAUGAAUGAUCGUAAUGGAAUGAUAAUAUUUUAAACAGUCAUUAAUAUUUAUGUUUAUUUCAUACAUUUAAAAUAUUAAAUACAAGUAGUAUAUUUUUUUAAUAAUGCAAUGAAAUUAACAGUUAAUGAGAGCUUUAAACUGAAUAAUAUGGCAUAUAUGGCUAUUAGCCAUAAUGCUUGAAGUACAAAUUUAAUAAAAUACUUUCCACCUGGCUAUCAGCCUAUGAAAGGUGAACUUUCCGAAUAGGAGAGAUGAAAUAGUAAUUUGUUAGACCAAGUAGUGGAAAUUAUUGUAUGUUAUACACCGUGGGCCAAUUAAACCCGACAGAUUUCAAAGGUGUAUUCUUGACCGCAUUUAGAGACUAAAAUGUCAUACAAUGUUUUCUGAAAUCGGUCUUGUUUUAGAGAUAAUGACAAUUUCUAUGAAAAUUUGUUUCUAUUAUAACUUAGUCAAAAACGCCUUAUUAGCUGUGACGCUGCCACUAUGUGACUUGGUUUAGACAUACCUACUGACAGAUAUUAAAUUUUUAAAGUAAACUCGCAAUUUUCGUCUGUAAAUAAAAAAAAACUUUACUUAUUCGUUGUAAUGAUUUUUUUUUCACCAAGGUGUAAAAAUAAAUAACGUGUCGUG